AUGUCAGCUGUCAAUGACACCAAAUUCAGCUCUGCAGUGUUCCUGCUCACUGGGAUAUCUGGGCAGGAAGACAUUCAUCUCUGGAUCUCUAUCACCUUGUGCUUAAUGUAUGUUAUUUCUAUAGUAGGAAAUUCAGUCAUUCUGUUCAUUAUAAAAACAGAUCCAAGCCUCCAUGAGCCCAUGUACAUUUUCCUUUCCAUGUUGGCCGUCACAGACCUUGGCUUAUCGAUAGUCACCAUACCAACAAUACUGGGCAUAUACCUGUUUAACUCUAGGGAAAUCAGUCUCGAUGCCUGUUUUGCUCAGCUGUUCUUCAUCCACUCUCUUUCAUUCAUUGAAUCCUCUGUGCUCCUGUCGAUGGCCUUUGACCGCUUCAUCGCAAUCUGUAACCCAUUGAGAUAUACUUCCAUCUUAACCCCACCGAGAAUAGCCAAGAUGGGAUUGGUGCUUGUGCUAAGAGGGGUGGCCUUAGCAUUCCCACUCCCCUUUCUCCUGAAACGUUUCCGAUACUGUCAAGCCAAUGUCCUCUCCCAUUCCUACUGCCUGCACCAGGAGGUCAUGAAGAUGGCUUGUUCGGACUUCACAGUCAACAGUAUCUAUGGCUUGUUCAUAAUAGUCUCCACGGUGGGGUUGGACUCACUGCUCAUCCUGCUAUCUUAUGUGAUGAUCCUCAAAACAGUGCUUAGCAUCACAUCCCACAUGGAGUGCCUCAGAGCCUUGAGCACCUGCAUCUCCCAUGUCUGCGCCGUCCUGGUCUUCUACAUGCCAGUGAUCGGCCUUUCUGUGAUACACAGAUUUGGGAAGAGUUUUUCUCCCUUGCCUCAGAUUCUCCUGGGCUAUAUCUACCUGCUGGUCCCGCCACUGAUGAAUCCAAUCGUGUACAGCAUGAAAAGCAAACACCUUCGUGAGAGGAUAAUCAAGGUGUUCGUCAAGUGA